AUGCCGUCCGACUCGAAAACAUCUUCCAAGUCAAUCUUUGCAAACCCGCCAGUCAAGAUCAUUGUGGGCAGUGACGAGCGCAUUUACUAUGUCCACCGUGGAACACUCGAGAUCCACCCCGCAUUUGAUGCCCGACUAAAGGCUUCCACUGACGAAUACGAGGAGGCGAUUGAUUGGAGUGGCUUUGACGAGCAGACUGUUGAUUGUGUAUUGAACUUCCUUUACACUGGAGGUUAUCAGGCACCUCAAAUGACUUCUGUGGCAGCCGAGGAAGGUGAGACAGAUGCGGGGGAAGAGGCCCCAGCGCAAGACGGGGAAGAACAAGAAGUAGUGGUGGAGGAAACAGAGGAAGCGGAUGAAGAAGAUGAACCACAAUCACCACCUGACAGCCCACAGUCACAAACUUCAUGGCCACAGUCACCAUGUCCAAUGUUAACUGCACAUCCAAGGAUUCUGCAACCAGUCGCGGAGUCCCCCAUAGCCCCAGACUCACCACCAUCCCUGGCCCUAUCAGAGUGCGACCUAAAUGACCGGCCUCUGACUCCUCUAGAAUACUGCGCUGGAGUCACUCUGCCCUCGGAGCAUGUUUCGGCGCAAAAGGUCGGAGACCACGAAGGAGAAGACCAAGACCAGGAAGAAGAACCAGAACAAGAAGCUGAAGAAAAUGUUGCUGAGAUUUAUCUCCACGCUAAAGUGUAUUCCUUCGCACGGCAACUCGGCUUCGUGAAAUUGGAACAAUUCGCUCUGAAUCGCCUGGCCGAGGUCCUUCUUGCCCUAGAGCAGACAGACAAGAUCCUAUUCCCGUACUUGGUGGAUGCAAUCCGACUGGUCUAUAAGACGACUAGUACUAUUGAUAAUGCGAGGAACUUGCUAUCUCAGUUCGUGGCACUGCGGUACACCACGCUGGUUGGCGAGGAUCUGGACGAACUUAUCACAGAGGGGGGAGAGUUUGUGGUCGAUCUGUCGCAUAAACUUGCUCGGAAACUGACAACCAUCUCAAUUGCGUUUAAGAGGAUUGAAUAUCUCACUCAUAGGAAUGAGGAGUUGAAGGAAGAAAGUUCUCAGAAAGAUAAAGAGCUGAAGGCUUUGAGAGAGGAGGUUAGGCAUGGACCGAUACAGGGAUUUCCGUCUUUCACAUAUCAGAUUUGA